AGCUUCGUUUAAAAAGAUUGGGAGUUGAUCGAGAUUUCGCCUCACCAGAAGACACAGAACAAUGAGCUUCAAUUGACGUCCACUAAGUAGUAGUAGUAGCCAUCGAUCUGCAAAUGUGCCACCAUCUCUCCGCAACAACUUCUUCAUAGAUUGAAAACCUCCCUCCUCUCCGAAGCCUCCGCCACUCCAGCCAACAUGUCUCUAUCCACCAAAUGCAUCCAGCCAAGUCGUCGCACGACCGAGCAAAUAUGUCGACGCACUGUACCUCGCACGCGAGUACAGCAGCCCCAAAAACGACACCUCCAGACUCGUCCGACGACGCCCGCAGCAGCAGAAGUCCAAGCUGCGCAAGAAUACUGCUCCAAUCUCCUACGAAAAUAUGAUAGCCCCUCCUACACCCUCCACACCUUCAUCCCCCGCCACGCGCAACCCAUGUACUUCGCCCUACGAGCCCUCAACGUCUCCCUCUCCCAAAUCCCCGACACGACCUCCUCGCACACCAUCGGCCUCAUGCGGCUCCAAUACUGGCGCGACGCGGUGACCAAAACGCUCGCCGGCCAACCGCCCAAGGAACCGAUCGCGAUCCUGCUGGCGGCGGCGAUCGAGGAGCUGCGGACGCGCACGCACGGCCAGGCGCGGAUCAGCAAAGGCUGGCUCACCCGGCUGAUCAACGCGCGCGAGCAGACACUCACCAACGACCCGUACCCCAACCUCGCGGCCCUCGAGUCCUAUGCCGAGAACACCUACUCGACGCUGUUUUAUUUGACCUUGUCCGCGUUGCCGAUGACGUCCGUUACGGCGGACCAUCUCGCCUCGCAUGUCGGGAAGGCGGUGGGGAUUGCGGCUGUGUUGCGCGGGUUGCCGCUUGUUGCGUUUCCACAGCAGCAGCAGCAGCAGCAGCAACGAUCUGCGACGGCGGGGGCGGGUGUGGGGAGUAAUGUUGGGCAGUAUGGGAAUCGGCAGGGGGCGGUGAUGUUGCCGUUGGAUGUGAUGGCGCAGGCGGGGUUGAGGGAGGAGGAUGUGUUCCGGCUGGGGGCGGAGGCGCCGGGGUUGCGCGAUGCGGUGUUCACGGUUGCGACGCGGGCGAGUGAUCAUCUCAUUACGGCGCAGCAGAUGUUGAGUAAUCUCCGCGCGGGGCAGGAUGUUGGCCAUGACUUUGAGCAUGAAGGCGAGGAGGGACAUACAUAUGACCACCAGCAGCUCGGGGAGAAUCAGCGCGGCGCGGAGACGCCCUUGGAUGAAGUGAACCGCGCGUUCGGCGUCUUGAUGCCGGCUAUCCCGACACGCUUGUGGCUGGACCGGUUGGAGAGCUUCGACUUUGAUGUCUUCCGGCCGGAAUUGCUGCGCUCGGACUGGACGCUGCCCUGGAAAGCAUAUUGGGCGUUCAAGCGCAAGGCUUUGUGAUGUGGGUACACUGGGAGACAAGGCUAUGUAGAAUAUGUACGAUUAUUCUCGUUGUAUAUCAUCACUCUCAUGCAGGUACUUGGACUGGGGUAAU